UGUUGGCUUCUUCUUCUUCUUCAAUGUUGUCGGUGAGGAACAGAAGGUGUUUCAAGAAACACCGUUCGCUCUCUUCCGUAUCAAAGAAGACAACAAAUCUUGCUGCAAGAGAAAAGACCAUGUUUAAGAAAGCAUCCGAGCUUUCGAUCCUUUGUGAUGUCGAAGUCUGUGUUAUAUACUACAACCGCGAUGGAGAACUCGUCGGGACAUGGCCGGAAGAUCAAUCCAAGGUUCGAGACAUGGCAGAGAGAUACAGCAAACUCAACGAUAGCGAGAGACGCAAGAAAAGCACAAACCUUUCUCAGUUUCUGAAUAAGAAGACCGACAAGAAGACAUCUUUAGAUAUCAAUGACAAGAGAUUCUCUGAGAAACUUUUGGAGAUGGAGGCUUCGUUAGAGAGUAAUAUACGGGUGUUACAAGAUCAGCAUCUUCGGGUGUUACAGAACCAGUCUCAGACAGAACCCCUCGAUCAGAACCCUUUGGUGUCUUCCCCCGGCUUCUUCACAACAUUGAUGAGCGGUGGUGGUGUGUCAAAAACAGAGCAAUACCUAUCGACGCCUUCAUCGACUCAACAACUUCCCAUGGUGAUGAUGCAGACACAAACCCCACCACCACUUGUCCACUUUGAUGAUCAGUUGUUUGCCGAGUGGAAUCCGUCGUCUUUUUCUUUUGCAGAAGAUCCAUCAUUGAUGUUCUCUUCUUUUUACCAUUGA